CCCCGCCCCUCCUUGGCUCUCUGAGAGGGGCCCGGCCGGCCGCCGCGGCCACCCGGCGCGCUGCUGACCACCAUGAGCAAGCGAAAGGCGCCGCAGGAGACGCUCAACGGGGGAAUCACCGACAUGCUCAUCGAGCUCGCCAACUUCGAGAAGAACGUGAACCAGGCCAUCCACAAGGCCAACGCCUACAGAAAAGCAGCGUCUGUGAUAGCAAAGUACCCACACAAAAUAAAGAGUGGAGCAGAAGCUAAGAAAUUGCCUGGAGUAGGGACAAAAAUUGCUGAAAAGAUUGAUGAGUUUUUAGCAACUGGAAAAUUGCGGAAACUGGAGAAGAUUAGGCAGGAUGAUACCAGUUCAUCUAUCAAUUUCCUGACUCGAGUUACUGGGAUUGGUCCCUCUGCUGCAAGGAAGUUUGUUGAUGAAGGGAUUAAAACAUUAGAAGACCUCCGAAAAAAUGAAGAUAAAUUGAACCAUCAUCAGCGAAUUGGGCUGAAAUAUUUUGAGGAUUUUGAGAAAAGAAUUCCUCGAGAAGAGAUGUUACAAAUGCAAGCUAUUGUACUAAAUGAAGUUAGUAAAGUGGAUUCUGAGUACAUUGCUACAGUCUGUGGCAGCUUCAGAAGAGGUGCAGAAUCGAGUGGUGACAUGGAUGUUCUUUUGACCCAUCCAAGUUUUACCUCUGAAUCAACCAAACAGCCAAAGUUGUUACAUCGUGUUGUGGAGCAGCUACAGAAGGUCGGCUUUAUUACAGAUACCCUGUCCAAGGGUGAGACGAAGUUCAUGGGUGUUUGCCAGCUUCCGAAUAAAAAUGAUGAAAAGGAAUAUCCACACAGAAGAAUUGAUAUCAGGCUAAUACCUAAGGACCAAUAUUACUGUGGAGUUCUCUAUUUCACUGGAAGUGAUAUUUUCAAUAAGAAUAUGAGAGCUCAUGCCCUAGAAAAGGGCUUCACAAUUAACGAAUACACAAUUCGUCCUUUGGGAGUCACUGGUGUUGCUGGCGAGCCCCUGCCCGUGGGCAGUGAGAGAGACAUUUUCGACUACAUCCAGUGGGAAUACCGAGAACCCAAGGACAGGAGUGAAUGAGCCUCUUAUUGCGUCCUUCAGGCACGGCACCAUAGGGUUCUUAAUUUAUUUCCUAUUUGCUAUGUAAGGGUCUUUGGUGUUUUUGAAUGAUCAUUUCUCAUCACACUUUAACUUGUGUUGUAGUGAAUAAAACCUCUUGUGCCAUUGUUAA